AUGAAAAAGUAGGCAAUCGGAAUGAAUAGAUCAACAAAUCUUAGUAGAUAAUCAUCUCUCUCAUCUUAGACAUCAAAUUCUGAUAAAAAUAAUAAAAUUAAUUCUUACAUCUCAUUAUCUCCACGUUUUGAUCCAGAAAAGGGAUUGGCAUUUGAAAAUAGUGUUAAAGAAGUCAAAAUUAAAGAUGUUGAAACGGAUGAACCUUAACAACAGAAUUAGGAUUAAUAAAAAUUAGGAAAAAUCAAGAAAUAAUCAAGUUUUACUUUAAAAACAUAAAAAGAUGAAUAAAUCAAAAAAAGUUAGUUUAGUAGAGUUUAAAGAGCAGAUAGCUUAAAUCCUUAAAAAUAGUAAUGA